UUUCAAUUGUCAACUACAUAGGGCCAGGUCCUCCCCACCACCGCCAGCAUCAGCACCAACAAAACACACAUUUGCCCAUCCGCUCACAUCCGGUGGACAAUGUCUGCGAGUGUGGUUAGCGGGUCAUCCAUAAAGGCGCAUCGCAACCAAAGAGACACAUCACACAUGACCGCUUCCCGAUCCUCGUCAGUGUCGCCCGAUAUGGACGACGACGACUCGAUAAUGGACUUUGAGGAGGAGUUGCAGCAGGAGCUCGAAAACGAAAUGAGUGCCUCGAUCGAUAACCUUUUUGGCGACGAGCUCGACGAUGCCUCCGAUUUGUUUGGCGACUCCAGAUCGGCGACCGGUACCAGCGCUGUCGGCGACCGUGCAGUCACUGAGUUCAGCGACGACGACGAUGAGGACGAAGACGAUGAUGACGAUGAGGAUGAUCCAGUCUUGGAAAGCGACGACGACGAUGACGACGGGGUCGACGCUGAUCUUUUUGGCGACGGCAGUGCUGCUGAUAGCGACGACGAUGAUUUCGAUAUUGACUUUGAGGAUCCGCCAGAGAAUCCCAACGCAGCUAGCUCACACCCCUCGGCAAAUGGCACGAACACACUAAUCGACGAUGAUUCGGCCUCGGACGACGAGUUUGAGGCUGUCGAAUUUGACUUUGAAGCGAUCCAGACCGGGCUUGGAGGUUCCAGCUUUAACACAGCCGCGCACACAGUCCCGAACAGGGAAAGUAGCGCCAGCAUCUUGCAAAGAAAGCGUGCGCGGACACGGGUCCACAUUGGUGACACAUACAUGCUAGAGCGGUACAAGGACGAGCAGCCGUCGCUAACACUGCACUUGUUCGACUCGCACUUUCGCUUUGAGGGGCAGGAGGGCGUGUUUUUGUACAACGGGCCGAUGCGGUUCUUCUUCCAGGCACUGAACGAGGGCAAAAUACCGAUUGAUUUGGUCGAUGUGCUUACGCAGGUCAACUGCCGGUACUACGAGGGCUGCCUCAUUGUCGAGGUGCGCGACCAUCGACGGCCGGCACUAGAGCCAAAGGCAAAGAAGCAGCGCGUCACAGAACUCCUUACAAGCUCGCUUUUUGGCGGAGUCCCGAAUUUCAACUCGUUGCGGCCGGCCGCACAGACGCAUUCGCCAACCUCAUUGCCAGCACACGUGGUUCCAGAGCCCGGAUCAAUAGCCACGCAGAAUUGCCAACCAACAAUUGCGUGGGCACGACCGCAGAUUGCCCCCAAGGCGCAGAUGGCGCAAGGUGUACAAAAAGGUCAUGCGGCCAACGUCCGAGACCGUCAACCUCGACAUUCAGCUGGCAUGCGAGCGCAGCCGGACAAAGCUGUCACAUAACGACGUGCUGGAGAUGGAGGGAAUGAUAUUGCUGGCAGUCGAGGAGCCGCUUGACCUCGAGCCGGACUUCCAGGUCAGCCGCGUGAGCAACGCCAUCCGCUACAUCGAGUACGAGCACCUCCUGCCACGCAAGCGGCGCAAGUUAAUUCGGCCGAGAUCGAGGCCGAGAAGGCUGAGCGCGAGGAGAAGCUCAAGCUGCUGACGCUGAUGGAUGACAGGAAGACCCGCGAGUUCCAGCCCAGCUUCAACCGCGUCUCACAGGUUAACGACUGGCGGCACAAAAAAUAU